AUGGCCAGUUUACUUUUCUUUGUGGCUGGCGCUCUCGCUAAAGCUAGUCUUCCUCCUAUCCCGUCGGACCUAUCAACACCUGUACAACAACGGCUCGCUUUCAACGGACCAAACAGUGUGACCAUCGGCUGGAACACAUAUGCCAAACAAGACAAGUCCUGCGUCAACUAUGGCACUUCCAAAGACGCACUAAACCAGCAAGCAUGCUCUAAAGUAUCCUUGACAUAUCCCACGUCCCGUACAUGGGCCAACACCGUCACCCUUGACAAUCUCUCCCCAGCAACAACUUAUUACUACAAGAUUGUGUCCAAAAGCUCAACCAUCGAUCAAUUUCUCAGCCCUCGUUUAGCCGGUGACAAAACGCCGUUUGCAGUGAACGCCAUUAUUGAUCUCGGAGUCUAUGGUGAUGACGGUUUCACCAUCAAGGGUGAUGCUUCCAAGCGUGAUAUCAUCCCCAACGUUCAACCUUCUCUGAACCACACGACUAUUGGCCGCCUUGCCACAACAGCUGAUGACUAUGAAUUUAUCAUUCACCCUGGAGACCUGGCGUACGCUGAUGAUUGGUUCCUCAAGCCAAAGAACUUACUUGAAGGCCAGAAAGCAUAUCAAGCAAUCCUCGAGACUUUCUACGACCAGCUGGCUCCCAUAUCUGGGCGGAAGCCUUACAUGGUCAGCCCUGGUAAUCAUGAGGCUGCAUGCCAGGAAGUUCCAAUUCUUAACAAACUUUGUCCUGAGGGCCAAAAGAAUUUCACCGAUUUCAUGCACCGAUUCGGCCAAUCUAUGCCUGUCGCUUUCACAUCAACAUCCUCCGAUACCACAGCAAGGGUUAAUGCUAAUAAGGCUAAGGAGCUCUCUAACCCUCCGUUCUGGUUUUCGUUCGAGUACGGAAUGGCGCAUGUAGUCAUGAUUGACACUGAGACCGACUUCCCCAAUGCACCCGAUGCGCCAGGUGGCUCGGCGAACCUCAACAGCGGACCAUUCGGCAGGCCCGAUCAACAGAUACAGUUCCUCGAAGCUGAUCUGGCAUCGGUUGACCGCAAAGUCACACCCUGGGUAAUUGUCGCAGGCCAUCGCCCAUGGUACACUACCGGCGAUGAAGGCUGCAAGCCUUGUCAGCAAGCUUUUGAGGGAUUGCUCUACAAGUAUGGCGUUGAUCUGGCCGUCUUUGGCCACGUGCACAACUCACAGCGCUUCUAUCCCACGUACAAUGGGACUGCUGACCCUGCUGGAAUGAAGGAUCCAAAAGCUCCGAUGUAUAUCGUGGCUGGAGGUGCGGGAAACAUUGAGGGACUGAGUGCGGUUGGGAAGAAAACUCCUAUAAAUGCAUUUGCAUAUGCAGAUGACUUUAGCUAUGCGACCAUUCGCUUCAAAGAUGCUAAUAAUCUUGAGGUGGAUUUCAUUCGGCCAUCUACUGGCGUAGUGUUGGACCGAUCUAACCUUUUCAAAUCCCACAAGACACAGUUUGUCAGACAAGCUUGA